AUGUUUACUGGCACAUUUGGAAAUCCACUGUACUUCUUCGCAACGAAUACGUGUAAUGUUACUCAGGCUGAAAUGUGGGUUCGCUUGCCGGACAUCCUCGAGUUUUUCUUUGUUGCGCAUCCGUCAUCGGGUAGGAAAGAAGGUGAAGAGCAUCAUCGUAUAAUGUACUUCUAUCCCAAAGAGGACACACUCGACCGACAAACAGAAAUAACUGGCUUCGCAGAAGCAGUAGUAAACUUUACCGACAAUUUUGUCAGCGCACGUGAACAGACGGAGAAGCCGGAGUUUCCUUUCCGAACUGUGUCCACUCAGAAAUCGGACCAUGUCUAUAUACAAGUGGAAGGCUGUGAAUUUUUGAUUGGUCUCGCAUUAUCGAAGAUUCAGAAUGCUGCAGCCGAGUACUCUUUGUUUUUGCCAGCUAUUCAGAAUGUUCUUGCUGGUUCUUACAAGAUGUUUCGUCUUUUUUUCGGCGAGUUUAGUUCUUUCAGGAAGAGAAAUCAGCAGAAAUUCAAGGAGCGUCUUGAGUACUUUUUUGGACGUUAUUUACCAUUACUAAAAUUACAUAGAAUGCCUCUCUUAGAUUAUCUAAAUGGAGCUGCUUUUCUCCCGCUGAAUGGCCCAGAGUAUUUGAAUGUUGUUUCUCUCUCAUCCGAGCUCGAAGAAGAAUUUCCGAUCAUAGAGAAAGUUCUCAUAUUGUAUCAAGAUAAGGUGUUGUAUUAUUCUAUUUCCCGACGUGAUCUCCCUUCUCUUUUCCGAUACAUCACUCAAAGUCUUUUGCCAAUGACCAUUGGAGACGAACUGGAUUACCAGUCUCGGUCUACACAUGGUCGCUUUUUGCGCGGUCCCUCAGAUAUCACAGUAGAUGCUCCCUUGGUUGGGGACGAUGCUCUUCCAACCGUUCAUAUUUACAACUACAGUGAAGCAGAGGAUAUAGAAGAACUUGUUAGAUAUCAAAUGAUGGUGUACCGUAGCUUGAACGCCACUGUUUGUAUGUUCACUACACAUGAGGUCACCAGGAGAUUAAUGCGGAAUAUUGACGGAUAUCUGGGAAGCGAACUCAGUAAAGUGGCGUCUCAAAUAGGCGAAUGCGUGGGCUCUCAAAAUGCGGACAUAUUGUCGACACCGGAUUUCCAUUAUAUUUACUACAACCCUGCUUCUUUGAGCCUCACCUCAUCAUUCACUGAUUCCACUGAUGCACCGAAGGCACCACUACCACCUCCUGAAGUUAACAAGCUGGUAUGCAGUUCGCUCACAGGCUUUCUGUCAGAAGCAGAUGAAUUUGGGGAAUGUUUUGCGAAGUCUGAAUCUGAAUGGUGGAUUGUACUCAAGAAGCGUGUUGACAAUGUAAUAAUGGGACCACGCAGGUUCGACAACCCGCUGAGCAGCUUUGAAGUGGAUAUGAUAGAAUUUAAUGGCCAAAAAAGCUCAGAUUCUGUGAACAUUGUUACGUCUGGGAAAUCGCGAGUAACUUCGUGA